UUCUCAUCCUUUUCUAGACCAGAGUCACCAGACCAAAGUCAUUAUCUUCGUUCUUCUCUUUUCUCCUAAAUCCCCAACCCAAAUCCCAGAGGAGUAGAAGACAAUUUAGAGUUUCUUUCUUUUUUGUUCUGAAUCUCUCUUUCGUAUUUAGCACGAGAUCGUCAGAAACAACGAUCGAUCUAUAAGGAUUUCAAUCUUCCGUUGAAUCAUUUUGUCUAAAAACUCACUCGGAUCGUCGUGUUUUUUUUGUUUUUUUGUUCUCUGAGAUGGCAUCUUUCACGACUCCGAGAGUUUUCUCGCCGGCAACUGGAGAUCUGGUGCCAUCUUCUUUCUAUAAUUGCAAUAAGGUUUCUUAUUCUUACUCGGUUGGCGUUGUUCCUGGUGCACGAAGUCGAAAGAAGGUGAUGCAAGCAAUGGCGGUGGCGAAGUUCAAAGGGACAUGGAUGAGAGAGAUGCAGUUGGCGGAGAUGAUAGAGAAGAAAGUAGUGGAAGCGAAGGAGGUGUGCGAGGGAAACGAAGCGUCGGACGAGUGCAAGGUGGCUUGGGACGAGGUGGAAGAGGUGAGUCAGGCAAAGGCCGAUCUCCGGUGGAAGAUGGAGAAGCAUGAUCCUCUUGAAUACUUUUGUCAGGAAAAUCCAGAGACGGACGAGUGCCGGAUCUACGAAGAUUGACGGUUUGGUUCCACAUCUCUCAGGUCUCCUCCCUUGAUAUCCAUCAUCUACAAAACUUGUGCUUAUAAUAUAAAGUACCUUAGCUUAGCUAUCGAUUGUACUUUUCUCUUUCUUGUUUUUUUCUAUAUUUUUUUUUUCCUAGGGAAGAACUGUGUAUGGAUAAAAGUUGACUGUGGAUGUUUGUUUAUUAGGAAAAUAAUCCUCUGUUUUAUUAUGCUUUGAUCUGACAGUUGUACAUAUGUAAGCAUAUGAUUUUGAGUGAAUAAAGUAUGGGGCAUGUGAUUUGAGUGAAUAAA